AUGCCAACCAAUCCAGAUCCAAAUGAGCUGCGCAAAUGGAAGAGAAAGAUUGAUACACUAUGUGCCAUCAUCGAAGACCAUUUUGCUUUUGCUUCUCAAUACACAAGUGAAUCAAACAAUAUUUCCCAGGUCAAGGUAAGACUUGAGGAAAUUAAUGAAUUUUCUGAGAAAUUUGAAGAAUAUCAAGCUGAGUUAGAAAUGUUAGAUGAAAAAAAGGAUUCUGAAUGGAUCAAUGUUCGAAGAUCAUUCCGAAACCGAUUGUGUGAUGUUAAGGCUGCGUUACUCAAAAUCAUAGAUGAUCAUGUUAUCCAUCCAGACAAUGUAUCUAGUCCAUCAAUGAGCUCAGCCAGAUCUCAACAACAUUUAAAUACAUUCAACUCUAUGAGGUAUCCACCAUGUGCUCUUCCUACAUUCAGUGGUGAUUGGCAGCAGUGGUCAUCCUUUAUAGAUACAUUCAAUUCAAUGUUUCAUAAUGAGCAUUCAAACUUACCGCUAGUUCAACGCUUUCAUUACUUAAGGUCAUGCCUUGCAGGGCAGGCUAGUGAUGUUAUCAAAUCUAUUCCUACUACUGCAGAACACUUUCAAUAUGCUUAUGAUCUGUUGGUAAAUCGGUAUGAAAACAAGAGUGCUAUAAUCCAGUCACACAUUCGCUCACUACUCGAGACACCCAAGGUGGUCUCACCGUCUUGUAGUGAACUGCAAAAGCUGCAUCAUCAUGUCACAUCUAACAUCAAUGCCCUCAAGUCCUUGCAGCAACCAGUCGAACAGUGGGAUGCAUGGUUGGUCACUCUUUUAUGUAGUAAAAUGGAUAGUGCUACAGUAGGGGAGUGGUAUCUACAGUAUAAGAGUAAAGAUCUGCCUUCCUACGUGGCUGUAGAACAAUUUCUUGCUAACAGAAUAACAGCCUAUGAGGCAGGGGAUAUGAAUUGUCUGUCAAGUGAACCAAGAAAAAUGUCAACAAAAAGUUCAAAUAACAAAACAUAUAAAAAAAAGGCAUUGUUUGUAAAAUCUAAAGAAAAAGGUUUUGGCAAAUGUCCGUUAUGUACUGAGCAUCACAAAUUAUAUGCUUGCAGUAAAUUCAACAACAUGAGUACAAAUGAUAGAAGGAACUUUGUGAUGAAAUCAAGGCUUUGUUUCAACUGUCUCAACUUUGGCCAUCAAGUUUCUUCUUGUUAUUUUCCUCCAUGUCCUCGUUGUGGGGAAAAGCACAAUUCAAAGCUUCAUGAGGAACAAGCAAACACCAGUAAUCAAGAUGCUUCUAUCGCCAAUGAUGAUGACAGCCCUGAACCCCAUGCAACAGCUAUGUACACUGAAAUAUCAGCUCAGGAAACUGAAAAUCUAAAUGUUAUUUUAGCCACUGCCAUUGUCAAUGUAUGCGACACUUUUGGGCGCAUGCAUUCAUGCCGAGCUGUCCUGGACUCUGGUUCUCAACUAAAUUUCAUUACAAAUUCUUGUGCUAAAAGGCUUAACUUGUCUACUGCUUCGCAUACACUUAACAUUGUUGGAGUCUCUGCUAUGGCAUCAACAGCCAAACAACUCCAAGAUACGAUUAUGACCUCACGUUUUGGUGAUUUCAAGACAACUAUCAAGUUCUACUCUCUGCAGACUAUAGUCAGUGCCUUGCCUUCUCAGGUGCUCAUUCGGGACAACUUGAAAAUGCCUCAUAACAUACUCAACCAGUUGGCAGAUCCAAACUUCCAUAGUCCUGGUCCUAUAGAUGUGUUAUUAGGUGCUGAUAUAUUCUUUGAUGUACUUUAUGGUGAAAAGUUUCCAUUAUCAAAUUUAGCUUGCUUGCAUCGUACCAAGUUGGGAUGGAUAGUAACAGGCAAAAUCUCAACUUUGUCAACUCCUCAUACAUUACCAAACCUCAUGAUACAGAAUCAAUCUGCAUUAUCGUUCUUCACGUCAAAGACCAAUCAACGUAUUCUUGAAGAGUUCAAAGCCGAAGAGCAUUUUCAAUCAACUUUUCGUCGGCAUUGCAGUGGGAGAUUCAUUGUGAAGCUACCAAUGGCACAAGAUCCCAAGGUGCUUGGUGAUUCAUUAGACAUGGCUCAAAAAAGAUUUUUAAAUCUAGAGAGACGACUUUAA